AUGGCUAGCAAUCGUAUGCGUCGCAUUGGAAAGGAAAUUACGGACAUUCACGCCGAUGCCCACUCUCAAAUCAAGGUCGAGCCAUUUGGCAACCAGGACGAUGUCACCCACCUAAGGGGGUCAUUUCCAGGGCCACCCGGAACCCCUUAUGAAGGUGGUACCUACAAUAUUGAUAUCAAAAUCCCCACCGACUACCCUUUCCGCCCACCUACCAUGAAGUUUGAGACCAAAGUGUGGCAUCCGAAUGUCAGCAGCCAAACGGGUGCAAUCUGCCUUGACACGCUUUCUAGUGCUUGGUCGCCAGUUCUGACUAUCAAGUCCGCUUUGCUUUCGCUGCAAUCUUUGCUUAGCACACCCGAACCCAAAGACCCUCAAGACGCUGAAGUGGCUAAUAUGCUUCUCAAGACACCUAAGGAGUUUGAGCGCGUUGCGCGCGACUGGGCUGUUGUGUAUGCUGGAGCUCCCGUGCGUAGUGCUGACAACGGAGACGGAUCAAGGCUAGAUGACGCCCGACAAGCAGCUGUCGAAGACAGUCUUGCAAAAUAUGACGGAUACAACAAGAAUUUGGUCGACCGUUUUGGCAGCAUGGGCUUUGACGUUGAGCGCGUUGUGGCUGCUUUCCGCUUUGCCGGUGUUGAACGAAGAGGAGGUCAAGACUAUGAAUUAGAAGAAGGUCGUAUGGGCGAUAUUGCUGCCCGACUUCUUGGUGAGUGA